AUGAGUGUGGAUGAUUCCCAAGGUCUGCUGCAGUCUGUGCUUGGCUUCUUCGUUCGAAGACGACCGGAAAAGACAGCGCGGCCCGCGUCGUUGAGAUCACGGACAGCCGAGGCCUGGCUACGGACGGAGGCAUUUCUGCAGCAAGAAGCCGCCGAAUCUGAAGAGCCUGACCCUGAGCAUAUUGCAAGGACGUUGCGCGCAUUUGAAGACUAUGUUCAGUACAACUCCGAUGGAGAAUCAGAUUCCGCCACUGAGCAGGGCUUCGGCUUCCGCCACAAUAUGCCGUAUCCGAAGCUUCAGGCGAUGCGCAACAUGAUGGAGCAUCGGAGUCAAGGUCCGCAAUCAUAUCCGGGCACAGCCAUUCGAGUGAGUAAGCGGAAACGAGACAGUGACGCCGUCAUCCAGGAGCUCUCGUAUAUGGAGAGGGAGGCGAGGAAGCGCCGGGUUCUGCCACGUGAAGAGCCAAAUGCUGCCGACAAUGUCGAAGAGCCCGAUGCCGACUUCGCCGUGCUAAUGAGGAGGCAUCUGGUGUCGUUGGACAACGCGUUACGAAAACACUGGAUAUGUGUUUGCCAGAAGUGCUCGGGGUUGAGCGUGAGACUUUCGCUGCCGCAACAGAAGAAGGAUUUCAGCUCUGAGACGAGCUUCGAGGUGUUCUUUGGCGUACGGUCUCCUAUUGAAACUGCGUUGCAAGAAGCCAAAAUCACCAUCAAGGACGUACACAACAACAGGAUGAGGAGCGCCUCUGCGCCUACGGUUAGCGAUGCGCCUGAGUUUGCCCACAUAUGUCAAAGCAUCACAGAGUCCCUCGGUCAGCGGACUUGCUUGCACUUGGCUCUCGAGGGCGGGAUAUUCCAGAGGCUUCGGCCGCAACCAAAGACGUUUGGCGGCGAACAACUGUCUCGAACGGUAUCCUUGUCGGCUCUAUUCAAGCGUCAACAAGAAUUGCGCGGCAGUUCAUCUGCCCUCCCGCUGAAGGGGAAACGAAUCUUGGCCGUCAUAUUGGCGACUGCGCUGCUCCCGUUCUUAGAGACGCCGUGGCUGCAGCCUUCAUUCAACCAUUCGAAUAUCCUGUUCGUUGAACCACUACAGGAGGGAGAACUCCCGGACAUCACGAAGCCGUUUCUGGCCAUGGAACACAUCCCAAUCAUCUCAGCCCGCAAGACAGACUCAGGAGGCAGUACCGACAGCUCCAAGCACAUGGUUCAUCCCAAUGCCACCGUGCUGGCACUGGGCAUUCUCUUGUGUGAACUUCAUUACUGCACGCCCGUGGAGCUGAUGCAGAAAGACCCUCCCGAGGCCAGGAACGUCAAUUCCGAUUAUUAUACCAGCCUUGAUAUGCUCAAGUCUCUGGAGGUUGACGCUGGCGUGGACUACUAUCUCGCUACCAAGGCAUGCCUGCAGUGGGAGUACUACCCCCCUGGGCAGCAGGCUGACUUUGAGUCUGUCGACGUUCAGCGGCUCUUCUAUCAAAACGUCAUCAAACGACUCGAGGCCGAGAUAUUCAAGUCGUGGGGUCUUCGAAUACAGAAUCUGGGCUCCUUUGAUCCUCGGCAGAACGAACUCUGCUGGGGUUCCAUCGGUCAAGAAGUUGUCCGCCAUCAGACUGGCAAGGUUGAUGUCUCCGAUUCGAACAACGGGGCACACGCACCACUUCCGUAUCGUUCGAUGUCUGACGCCGCGCCCGCGACCUACUCGUCCUUCCAUUCAGACGUGGUGCUGCGGAUGGCGGGGCCGGCGCAGUCUUCUGGAUCUCAACUCCGCGGACAUUUCGUCGAGCCUUCGAUGAAGAGUUUAUACUUCUUUGACGCAAGUCACCAGAUGGGCUCUGAAAAAGGGGAUCCGCUUUCGCAGCAAUGGAUGGACAAUCUUCUGUCUUCGGUUUAUCACCAUGUCGACCCCUUCGACGCUGUCGACGCUGGGAGUAGAGGGUUCGAACCGGUGCGGAUAGCAAUCUUGGAUUCCGGAUUUGACCCCGAAAAUCCUCUUCUCAUGACCGAGGACCAACGACUGGAUCCCCGAAUCAAGGAUGCGCGAAGCUUUGUACAUGGAACAGCCACACACGAAAUUCGAGACGAGAUCGGACACGGCACUCAUGCACUGGGUCUUCUACUCAACGUUGCUACAUGUGCUAAGAUCUAUAUUGCCAGAAUUGCGAAUCGAGAAACACUGGACCGCCACACUUAUGAUGACAUUGCAAAGGCAAGGCUGGAUUUAUGCGAGAGCAGACUUAUUCUUCUUCUUUUUCAGGCUGAGCUGACUAUUCAUACAGCCAUAUCGAAUGCAUUACACAGUCAGACGCUGCUGUUCGCUGCGGCAUCGAACGAUGGAGCAAACCUCGGCAGAGCCUUUCCAGCCAAAUAUCCCAGCGUGUUUUGUAUACACUCAACGGAUGGAAAUGGCAACCCCUCUACGUUCAACCCGACGGCAGACGAUAAAGAUGUCAACUUUAGUCUCCUUGGGGAGCACGUAUCUUCUCACUGGCCUGUUGGCAAGAACGGCCACAAUGAACAUGUCAAGGCCAUGUCGGGGACAUCGGUUGCAACACCGAUUGCUGCUGGGCUUGCGGCAGCGAUUCUGUCCUUUGUCCGGCAGCAGGAACGGCACAUGGCUCCAGGAAACGAGUUGCUGGCGCCGUGGCUGAAGGACGUUCAUCACAUGGAUGAGGUCUUGAAGAGCAUGGUCAAGCAGAGGAGGGGGGCGGGCUAUGACUACAUCACGCCUCACUCACUGUUUGAUAGAAGGGCGACGAGGGAAGAGGUUUACAGCAAGAUCAAGGAUAUUAGGAGACACUUGUAUGACUAG